GACGAGAAUAAAAAUCACGCUUUCCCACCCGCUCUAACUGGCUGGCUCUCUCUCUCAUCUUCAUCAUCUUACUGAACUCUCACUCUUCCUCUCCAUUCUAAUUUCCCUUCUCUCCCUUCCAAACUCCGAACUCCAAAUCCAAACAAACCCGCCAACUCAAAAUGCGACUUCUCCUUCUCCUCCUCCUCCUCCUCCACCUCCGCCUCUCCCCCGCCACCGUCGCCGCCGCCCGCGCCGUCCCCGAAUACAAAGCCCUCCUCUCCUUCAAAGCGGCCCUCACCGACGACCCCCAAUCAUCCCUCGCCACGUGGAACGCCUCCACCCUCCACUGCACCUGGUUCGGCAUCACGUGCGACUCGCGACGCCACGUGACCUCCCUCGACCUAUCCGGCCUCAACCUCUCCGGUUCCCUCUCUCCGGAGCUUGCCUACCUCCGGUUCCUCUCCAACGUUUCCCUCGCCGACAACCAGUUCUCCGGCCCCAUCCCUGCUGAGAUCUCCGCCAUCUCCGGCCUCCGCCUCCUCAAUCUCUCCAACAAUGUCUUCAAUGGCACCUUCCCCCCCGAGCUCUCUCAGCUCAAGAAUCUCCAGAUUCUCGACCUCUACAACAACAACAUGACCGGUGAUUUGCCUCUCGACGUCGUCGAUUUGCCGAAUCUCCGCCAUUUGCACCUCGGAGGGAACUACUUCAGCGGCGCCAUUCCCAAGGAGUACGGCCGCUGGGAGUUUCUCGAGUAUUUGGCGGUUUCCGGUAACGAGCUGAGCGGGAAAAUACCGCCGGAGAUCGGAAGCCUAACGAAUCUCCGGGAGCUUUACAUUGGAUACUACAACACCUACGAAGGCGGUUUGCCUGCCGAGAUCGGUAACUUGUCGGAACUUGUACGGUUUGACGGAGCCAACUGUGCAUUGUCCGGCGAGAUCCCACCGGAGAUAGGGAAGCUUCAGAAGCUCGACACUCUGUUUCUCCAGGUGAAUGCGCUUUCCGGUUCUCUUACUCCUGAGCUUGGGAGCUUGAAUAGCUUGAAGUCGAUGGACUUGUCGAACAACAUGCUCUCCGGCGAGAUUCCGCCGUCGUUCGCGGAGCUCAAGAAUCUGACGCUGUUGAAUCUCUUCAGGAACAAGCUUCACGGCGCGAUUCCGGAGUUCAUCGGAGAGUUACCGGAGCUGGAGGUUUUGCAACUGUGGGAGAACAACUUCACAGGGAGUAUACCUCAGGGUUUGGGGAGGAACGGGAAGCUUCAGCUUCUUGAUCUUUCGUCGAACAAGCUCACCGGAACUCUCCCUCCCGAUAUGUGCUCCGGACACCGGCUUCAUACUCUAAUCACUCUUGGAAACUUCCUCUUCGGUCCGAUCCCGGAGUCUCUCGGAAAAUGCCAGUCCUUGAGUCGGAUUCGAAUGGGAGAAAAUUUCCUCAACGGCUCGAUUCCGAAAGGCCUUUUCGGUCUUCCAAAGCUCACUCAAGUCGAAUUGCAGGACAAUCUUCUCUCCGGAGACUUUCCGGAGUCUGACGGCACUUUUGCGGCCAAUUUAGGCCAAAUUAGCCUCUCCAACAACCAGCUCUCGGGGUCUUUGCCUCCGUCCAUCGGAAACUUCUCCGGCGUCCAGAAACUUCUCCUCGACGGGAACAAAUUCUCAGGCCGAAUCCCGCCGGAGAUUGGGAGGUUACAGCAAGUCUCCAAGAUAGAUUUCAGUCACAACAAGUUCUCUGGUCUGAUCACCCCGGAGAUUAGCCAAUGCAAGGUCUUGACGUUCGUCGAUCUCAGCCGAAACGAGCUCUCCGGUGAGAUUCCGAACGAGAUUACCGGUAUGCGGAUACUAAAUUAUCUCAACCUUUCCAGAAACCAUCUUGUUGGCAACAUCCCUUCGUCAAUAGCCAGUAUGCAAAGCUUAACAUCUGUUGAUUUUUCUUACAACAAUCUCUCUGGUUUGGUCCCUGGAACGGGUCAGUUCAGUUACUUUAAUUACACUUCCUUUGUUGGCAAUCCUGGUCUUUGUGGCCCUUACUUGGGUGCUUGCAAAGAUGGCGUUUCCGAUGGUUCCCAUCAAUCCCAUGUGAAGGGCUCGCUCUCUUCUUCUCUGAAGCUCCUUCUCGUCAUUGGAUUGCUCGUCUGCUCGAUCGCUUUUGCCGUAGCGGCGAUCAUCAAAGCCCGAUCUUUAAAGAAGGCCAGUGAGUCCAGAGCAUGGAAAUUGACAGCUUUCCAGCGUCUGGACUUCACUGUUGAUGAGAUUCUGGAUUGCUUGAAGGAGGACAACAUUAUAGGCAAAGGAGGUGCUGGGAUUGUCUACAAAGGGGCCAUGCCUAACGGCGAAAAUGUCGCCGUGAAACGACUUCCGGCGAUGAGUCGCGGGUCGUCUCAUGAUCAUGGAUUCAAUGCGGAGAUUCAGACCCUUGGUAGAAUUCGACACCGCCACAUUGUUAGAUUAUUGGGUUUCUGCUCAAACCAUGAGACUAAUCUUCUGGUUUAUGAGUACAUGCCUAAUGGAAGCUUGGGUGAAGUUCUUCAUGGCAAGAAAGGUGGCCACUUGCAUUGGGACACAAGGUAUAAGAUUGCCAUUGAAGCAGCAAAAGGGCUUUGCUAUCUUCACCAUGACUGUUCGCCUCUUAUAGUUCACAGGGAUGUUAAGUCAAACAACAUCCUUUUGGAUUCCAGUUUUGAGGCUCAUGUUGCUGAUUUUGGGCUUGCCAAGUUCCUCCAAGAUUCGGGAACUUCCGAGUGCAUGUCCGCCAUUGCUGGUUCCUACGGAUAUAUCGCCCCUGAAUAUGCAUACACAUUGAAGGUUGAUGAGAAGAGCGAUGUGUAUAGCUUUGGUGUAGUCCUUUUGGAACUUGUGAGUGGAAGGAAACCAGUUGGGGAAUUUGGAGAUGGUGUAGACAUAGUUCAAUGGGUUAGAAAAAUGACAGACUCAAACAAGGAAGGAGUCCUCAAAAUCCUUGACCCAAGACUCCCUUCCGUUCCGAUCCAUGAAGUAAUGCACGUAUUCUACGUUGCAAUGCUGUGUGUGGAAGAACAAGCGGUUGAGCGCCCGACAAUGCGGGAAGUUGUUCAAAUCCUAACCGAGCUUCCUAAGCCACCAGGCUCAAAACAAGGUGACUCAACAACAAUCACAGAGUCUUCUCCUCCACCUGUCGGCGGAUACGACUCUUCUCCGACCACGGUGACAAAAGACAAUCAACAGUCAACACCACAGCCUCCGCAAUCAUCACCGCCCGAUCUUCUCAGCAUUUGAUACAAAGGGGGUCAAUUUGUUGGAGGGAAAAAAAAAAAAAAAGGGGAAGUGUUUGCUUUAAGUUCCUAUUUUAGCUUUCUAGUUUCUGUGUCUCUUAUUUUACCUCUAUUUUGGGGCGGGGGAUAUGUUUGCUCUAACUUUAAGGUAUUAAUCUUGUUUAUUUUUUCUCUGCUGUACAGUAGGAUUGGUGGGGGUACUUUUUUUUUUUUUUUUUGUUACCAAGUGUAGUAGGAUUGGCUGCUUCACACUCUGCCUUUCUGUUUAUGGCACAUCAGUUACUGUUACAGGCUAGCCUCGCCUUGCUUACAAUGCCAAGACAGUGAGUGAAAACAUCAAGGAAAAGAAGUCAGUAGUGCUUUUUAAAGAGUGUUUUUAUGACUUUUGAGAGUAAUAGGUUUGAAAGAGACAAAUGGCUUUGGGUUGGGUGUAGAAAACUGUGUUUGUGGUUUUAUUUUUAUAUAAAAAAUAAGUAUUUAAUUUGAACCCCAGAAUCGACAAGCAGCACAGAUAAGAGUAGUAGCUUUCAAUUACCGAGACUAUUGGGGUUCUCUGAAUUCUCAAAAGAACUGAUGAUAAUCAUAAAACUAU